AUGUCGAUACCUCCUGGAGUGCAGUAUGUGGAUAGCGGCGACUCUCGUAUCAUCUUCACCAUCCCUCCGAACGCCACCAUUCCUGCCCUUAGCGCGAGAGCUCAUAAAUGGCUGGACGGCACUCAGUUCUUUCAGGACAGCGUCAAAACGGUUACGGUUCCCGGAACAACCUUUGAGCUCUCUUUCUACGGCCGGUACGUCGAAGUCUUCGGGGUGACUUUUCCCCUGAACGCCACGACAGAACCCCCGCAAGCUCUUUAUUCCAUCGACAAUUCUACCCCCUUCAUUGCCGACGUUCCGACUGUCCUCGGUAAUACGACCACGGACGUUGGCGUUGGGUUCUACAGGACAGACUCGUUACCGCUCGCGUAUCACCUCCUUGUUAUCAAUGUGACCAACGCUUCGGGAGACUCCCCCUACCUGCUCGACUAUGUCGCGUUCGACGCAUACGACGUUUUCCCCUCUCCUAGCUCCCCUCCCACAUCCACAUCCCCUGACCCUUCAAUCACUUCAACGGCGUCCUCCCUUAUGCCAACUGGUACGACAGUCGCGGUCUCGGGGUCUACCGGCACACGCACGAUUUCAGCAGGCAUCUCAGCGGGUGUCGCUCUCGGAGGCGCAGCUCUGCUCUUCGUUGUGCUCGGGAGUUGCAUCUGGCUAUGGAGACGGUCCGCGCGCUCUCGAAGAUCACAACACGAAGACGCAGAACAGAGUGGCCCUCUCCUCGAUGUCAGCCUAUAUCCGAGGGUGGUACCUGCCCAAGCGCAUGUGCUCUCGUCCAGCGCUGACGCGAGUUUCAAUUCCCCCUUCACGCUCGACUCGUACGUCAGACCAGCUUCCACGGAGUCCGCGGGCAGCCAGCGCGUCCCUCCCGAAGAACACAUGCUGAGGACGAACGUUUCCGUCAUCGCUUCGGACAGCAAGAGCGCUCGUCCAUCAGCAUCGAUCCUUCGCUCGGGCGCCGCGGAAGGGUCUUCUGUGGUUACGCAGAUGUCCAGUCUAGGGGGCGUGGUCUCCUUCGAUGGCAAAGAAUCGCGUCUCACCUCCGGCGCGUUGCCAGAGAUAUCCUCAGUGAACGGUACGUACAUUCGUAAGGGGCUUUGCCACUUGACGUGGUACUUCGCUUCGAGCACGCGGGAGAACCGAAGCAUCGUUUACGUCCUCGUGUUGAUCCAGGCUCCGGGCGGUGUGCAACAUACGCCCACAAACCCCUAUAUCGGGUCGCCGACGAGCAUUCGUCCUCAUGGACAGGCACCUUCAUGGCCUCUUUCCGGGCCAGAAGCUGAGCCAGCGAAGUCGUGUGCAGGCCUUCCGCGUCCCCUCACGCACCUUUCCCCACUGCACGUCUCUCGCUCCCAGACGAUGUAUCCCGCCGACCCCACCUUCGUAGACAACUUCGACGCCAGAAUCGUCUACGCUGACCCUUCGGAAGCUCGACAGGACGACGAACUGUCUCCAGAUGCUCAUUCUCAGGUGGACGCCAUCUCCGGGGUCUAUAAUGGUACGCUUUCCAUCACCACCGACCCCGGCAUGAGCUUCCAGUUCAUCUUCUACGGGCGUAUACUACAGAUAUACGGCGCGGCGCUUCCGUGGCUGUCCGGCCAACAGCCCUGGGCGGAGUACUCCAUCGACGACGACGGCGAGACCCAGCCUGUCCCGAGCGCACCCUCUCCGUUGGGGAAUGUGCCGCUCUACGUCAGCACGCUCCUCCCCCUCGCGUUUCACACGCUCACCGUCAAAGUCAUCAAUGCGACCUCCGAUGGGCCCUUCCUGUUCGACUACAUCGCCUUUGGCUUCCUGGACGCAUCUGAAGACCCCAACCCGCAGAAUUCGAGUUCGACAUCUGUUGCAUCGCAGAGCUCCAUAACGUCAUUGUCCUCUACGUCUGCGGUUUCUAUUACUGCGAGCGCGACGAGUGCGACGGGAAGUUCACCAACAUCUGCGGCGCCCCUCGUGACUUCUCCCCAUGUGGAUUCCUUUCCGGUCGCUCCAGUCAUCGGUGCCAUAGUGGGCGGUAUCGUGGCGUUGGUUGCGGUAGCCGCGGUGAUCCUGUGUGUUUGGAAGCGCAUGAGCAGGCGCAGGGACGUCGAUCGCGAAUCGAUCGAGCCGGCGAGCGAACCUGGGCCUCCAGAAUUCGCACCCACGACCAAAUAUGUGGAGAAAGGAUCCUCGCGCGCACCUUCUCCAUACGUCCGGCGUACGAACCCGCUUUCAUGGGCCGAGCGGCAGGAUUCCGGUGUUACGUGGCCUGGUCCCUCGGGAUCCCCGUCAUCGCACCGCUCUGCCUUGCCCCGGGAGAAAGCAGCGUUUAGUGUUGUCGAGAGCGACGCACGCUCUUCAGGAUACGAUUCUGGCCAGCAUCAAUGGGAUGCCCAAUCCCAUGCCGACAUCACUCUGGGACCCGAUGUGAGGGGCAGACCGGCAACGCCUGGCCACCUGGUAUCCUUGGAGAGGGCACAAGGAUCCACUGGAUUUGUGGGGCCGUCGCCCUCCCAACCUCCGGAUGCGAUUGCUCAAGCAGGCGCCCAUACUCCUGGCGUAUAUGCGGGCGAGUUGUUUACACAAGUGAUAGCGCAGGACCGAGUUCCUCCGCCAUACUCUCCGUAA